AUGGCAAACAUAUACGUGGAUAUUCUGUAUCAGCACUUGGAUCUUUGUGCGUUCUUUUCGACUCUUGCUCUCUGCCUUCUAGUAACAUAUCUACUCGUCAUCAUCGAAGACAAUCCCAUCGUGUCCGCUGGACCCAAGCCUCUCUCAAUCACUGGAGAUGUCCAUCAGAUGUUGCCUCAACGCCUCAUGGAAGUGGUGCACAAACGGAAUCAAGGUUGCGAUCUACUGGUCAACCAAGGUGCCAUCUACAGUUCACGCCCUCUCAUCAUUGUCCCCCGCAUGUCCCCCGGGUUCAACUCAGCGGUUAUACCGCACGGCAAGCAAUGGCAAAACCACAAUCUUAUCAUAUACUCUUUUCUAGAAACCACUGCGACACUUGCCGAACUCCUUGAGAGCCGUGACUCUGAGGCGGAGCUUACGCCGGUAUCUUGGCAAUAUACUCAUGACACUUGGUACUACAGCCUGGUGGAGCCGUUCCGUCUCCUCGAUAAAGCCAACGUGCAACGAGAAACCACCAGGUUCCAUAUGGAGCAUUUCGAGAUCGGCAAGUCAGCGUCUACGUGGAACUGGAUCUCGUCCACAGAACUUGCCUAUGUGAUAGGUACACUUCAACAAGUCGGCUUCGAAGCUAUUCUUACCGUUCUACGCCUGAUUAUCAAAUCCAUCGCUAUGCGCUGGCAGCCUCCGACUCCAUUUGCAAUUCCCCAUGCAACUACGCAGGACGACGAAUACAUGGGGUAUCAAAUACCAAGUGGUACAGUGAUCAUUCCCAAUAUCUGGGUCAUGUCUUUCGAUCCGAAGAUUUUCCCAGAUCCGCAUAAGUUCAAACCAGAGAGGUGGAUCGACAACCCAGACCUUGAGCACAGCCCGUUCGGCUUCGGUCGGAGGAUUUGUCCUGGCAGGCAUCUGGGCUGGAAUAGCAUUUUCAUUCUCAUGGCACGGCUCAUGUGGGCGUACAAUAUCACUCACUUGUACAAAGAUGGAAAGAAAAUCGAAAUCGACCCGUGGGAUAUUAAAUUGACGUUUACAGCAGCAUCUAGGCCGUUCAAGGCCUCAUUUGAAGUUCGAGAACCGAAGAAGCAGGAGAUCAUAGAGAGGGAGUGGGAGAAUGCGACUAAGGAUCCUGUUCAAAUUUUGGGGGAAAUCGGGCGAAAGACCGGGUGA